UAGAACUGGUGCGCAUUAUUUGGCAUUGAAGCCGGGAAGUUUGAAUUCUGAACAACAUGGACGUCCCGACGUCAAGCCAGGUUACUGGUGUUGCUAACACUCUGCUGAGACAGGCAGGACUCCCACGAGUGGUACACGGCAUCGAGCAGUGCGGCUCCGUGCUGUUCGGCCAACUCUACGAGGCUCUGACGGGGGCCCGGCCUCCCGGGGGCGGAGAGAGCGAGGCUGAGCGGUGUCAGGCGGUGGUGGACGCCUUCUCGGAGCAGCUGGCACCGCACGUCUCACUGGAGCACAUCAGAGGCCGAGACCUCGCGUCCAGAGACCCCAUCACCAUCAUCAACCUUCUGGACAUCUUCUCAGGUCAGUGCAGAGUCUGCCUAUCAGCUAGUAUUCUUCUAUCUUCAUACACACACUCUCUCUCUUUACAUUUUCUCCUCGUCUCUCUGUGUGUCAAUCUUCUGAACUAUUCAGUCUUGUUUCACGUGCCUACUGUGAGGAGAGAUCCUCAGUCUCUUCAUCGCGAUCGCGACACUACUACUGAUGACGAUGAUCAUCCCUCCAACCUUCUCCCAGAUCAAGGUCUCGGUAUAGUACUGCAGGAUGAAAUCGGAGACUCCGCCCAACACCACACCCUCUUUUCUAGUUCGUAUUCGACGAACUCUACAGCUGAGCUGCUCCGCCCAGUUCCACCUGUCCACAUUUACCACCUCACACCCCCUCCUUCCCUUACCAUCAUGUCUCUCACACCGAGCACCAUCGACCAAUCGGAAACAGCCCCGCCCACUGGGGAGGGAGUCGGCACUGACAAUUCCUCCUCCACUUGGAGGUCAAGCAAAGGUCAACUGGCCACACCCUCUACACCACCCCCUGAGACUCGGCUGCUCAAUUCCCCACUCCAUCAUAGUACACCCAGACCACACCCUUCCAGGUCACGCAUCCCUCCUCCACCACCCAGCGUGACAUCAUUCCCCCUGGAAAAGCCUGCGCGUGUCCAACAACCCUCAUCCUUCCCUCCUCUCCCUCUCCCAUCUGCCUCUCCUUCUGAGAGUCUCACAAGCAGCUGUACUGAGGCAGGCAAAGACACUGAGGAAGAAGAGGGUGGUGAGACCACGCUGACCAACACACUGAGGGAGCAAGAGGUUGAAAAUCCCAAUUCUAUUCUGGAACAAGAUCCUGGGAAUGGGACUGCAGAGGAGAACCACACACCUGUAUCGUCGACACCAGAGCCGACCCCCUCCCCAAGUGGGGGGAGGAAAAUUGGACCCCCGACCCCAGGGGAGAAGGAACGGAGAGAUAUACUGAGCUCUCUCUACCAGCGGUACCUGGAGGCAGCUGGUCCUAGCCAGUCUCGCUGUAGACAGAAGAAGACCAUGACUGGUGUAUACAGGCAACCUAGCAGGAAACGUGGCGUCAAGCCUGGAGGUCAGAGGUCAGGCACACUAGCGAGCAGCCGAGCUAAAGACGACAGCAGAGAAGAUAAGAAGAAAUUGGGCGUGACCUCUGACCUUUUCCCUGUGGUGGAAGCAAGUCUCCCAGUGUGCCCCGUUUCCAUGGAGACUGUCAAGGACCUGUGGAGGAAGCAGCUGCGGCAGAUCACCACUCUCACCAAACCCACACCCUCACACCCUCACCGAGUGGACCAACAAAUUGAGGCCAUGGGUAGGAAGCAUUCAGCACUGCUGGAGUCUCUCAAGAAAGAGGUUGACCACACCCGACGACUGAGAGGUCAGGAGGAGGCCAGGGCUCAGCAGAGAGCAGUGAGAGCCAAACUAGAGACAAAGAGACAAGCGACGGCCCGAGCAAGACGCUACUUCCGCGACUAUGAACUUGAGCUCAAGGCAAAGCUGCAGAAGAAGAGGACAAACGAGGAGCUAGUGUUUCGACGAGCGUUUGAAGACGGGCUGGCGCUGUUGAAAGAGAGGGAGAGGGAGGUGAGGAGGAUGGCAAAGGAGAAGAAGGAACAGCAGAAAGAGAGACUGAGAAGAGAUCUUGAGGCCAUGGAACAGUACUACAGCGACCAGUUCUCGAUGCUGGCAGAGUCGCUGGCAAGAGAGAGGGAUAAUUCAUCUGCCAGAGACAAGGCUCGAGCUAAGUUGUCGGGGCAACUGGGCAGGGAGAUGAGACAGACUCUGGAGAGAGAGGUCAGGGACCUGCAGACCUGUCUCGAUAGAGACGAUGACGUCACUCACUUCAGAGAACUCGACGCUCAGCAGCUCAGACUGGCACUACACCAUCUCCUUACACCACUAUAGGCAGCUACACCAUCAUCUAGUCCACUGUAAUAUACCUCUGUGAAUACUUUUCUAAGUGAUAUUCUAAGGGGUUUCCCCU